AUGGGUCAAGAGGGUUCGAGUCCAGUAGACGAGAGUGCACCCUCCAAAACUCUGGAGAGCAGAACCGUCGAUGGACUCGCCAAAUACAUCCGGGAUGGACAUGCAAAGCGCAUCGUUGUCAUGACUGGCGCAGGCAUCUCGACAAGUGCUGGCAUCCCUGAUUUCCGCUCGCCCAACACUGGUCUCUACGCCAAUCUUGCUAGACUCAACUUGCCGUAUGCUGAGGCUGUUUUCGAUAUCUCCUUCUUCAGGGAGAAUCCUACCCCCUUCUACACGCUAGCUCACGAGCUCUACCCUGGAAAAUAUCGUCCAACGGUCACACAUUCGUUCAUUCGUUUGCUGCAUGAAAAGGGUCUGCUACUCAAGCUAUUCACGCAAAACAUCGACUGUCUGGAACGCGAGGCUGGUGUACCCGACGAGUCCAUCAUCGAAGCUCAUGGCAGUUUCGCACGUCAGAGCUGCAUCGACUGCAAGAGCCCAUACCCUCAGGAAGAUUUGAAGGAACAUAUUCAAGCCAAGACCAUUCCGCGUUGUCAAAAAUCUAGCUGCAACGGUCUGGUGAAGCCUGAGAUUGUCUUCUUCGGUGAACAGCUACCUAGCGCCUUCUUUGACAACAUCGAUGUGCCAACAGAAGCCGAUCUUUGCAUCGUUAUGGGCACUUCUCUGCAAGUACAGCCUUUCGCAAGUCUACCCAGUGCUUGUAAAUCAGGCGUGCCCAGAGUCUUGAUCAACAUGGAAAGAGUCGGAGGUCUUGGCUCACGCUCCGACGACGUCCUACUGCUAGGUGACUGUGACGCAGGUGUUCGAAAACUCGCAAAAGCCAUUGGAUGGGAGGACGAACUCGAAGACAUCUGGGCAAAGACGGAUCCCGAAUACGUUGCUGGCAGGCCCAUCAAGACAAAAGACGAGAUUGCCAAGGAGGCAGCCAAAAAAUCACGCGACGAAAAGUUCCAGGAUGAGGUCGACAAACUCACAAAGGAAGUCGACAAGACAUUGGAUGCAUCCAAAUGGCAUCAGGAACAAAUCAGAAGGGAUCACCUUGAUGGAAAGGCUGAAUCCACGCCACAAGACCCAAUCAAAAGUGAGAAAACCAUGCGCUACGACGAGAACGCCGAUGACAAGCAAAAGGCACCUACCAAUGGUCUCGGUCAUGUUUUCCCUCACAUCAACGAAAAGUCUUCGCUAUGA